AUGAGUUUUGAAAGUUUGUAAGUAUAUGACUAAAACUCUAUAAGGGAUCAUGAGAAUUAUCUUGCUAAAUACAAUAUUUAAAUUCUUUAAAAUAAUAAGUAGCAACUUAGCUUCAAGGAAUAUCUAGAAAAUCUGGAGAACUAAGAAUAAAAAGAUGAUUUCACUUUUAUGGAUGCAGCUUUGUAAGAAAUAGGCUACAAAUCAAUAAGAUUUGCAGGGAGAGGAUCAUUUGGAACUACAAUCAUUGGAGAAGAUCAAAACUAAAAUAGAUUCGCUUUUAAGCUAAUUUUCAUUAGAACGAAGCAUGGGUAAAUAAACUAGGAUAUAAGAGGUAAGGCAUUGAAAGAAGCAAACCUUAUGAGUUAAAUGGAUCACCCAAAUGUAGUAAAGUUCUACAAGUAUUAUGAAACAUAAAACUACUUCAUAAUCCAAAUGGAAGAAUGCAAAGGCGAUCUAAAUCAAUUUAUGAAAAGUUACGAAUUACUGUCAAUAGAGAGCUUUAUUAAAUAUGGAUAGGAGAUCAGCGAAGGAAUACAAUAUGUGCAUGAUUAAGGAUUAGUAUUAAGAGACCUAAAGCAAGAUAAUAUUCUAAUUGACUAGAUGAACGUAGCAAAAAUAGCUGAUUUUGGUUUAGCAGCGUAUGUUGAGCAAGGGAGUAGUAGAGUUAAAUACUCAGUUUAAGGAGCUUAGCUUUUUAGAGCACCAGAAUUAUAAGAUGAAUUAUGCUAAAAUUUAAUACAAUAAUUAAAGAAGGAAAACCCAAGCUUAGUUCUACAAAGCAAGAAGAGUGAUUGCUUCUCAUUAGGUUUGAUUUUUUAUUCUUGUCUAGGUACACCAUUAUCAAAAUUCAUUAAGAUCUUACAAGAUGGACCUGCUAGCAUAGAUACCCCUGUUAUGAUCGAAGGCCAACAAGAAUUUUAAUGCAUAGAUCAGAUGCUAUAGCUUCUUUGCGAACACCAUCCAAAUAAAAGAAUGAAAAUUUCAGAUGUGAUAUAACAAUUUAAAUCUUUACAGAAAAUAUAUCUUCCUAAUUUAAAUAGAUAUCCAAUUCCAAUUAAAAUUCAAAGAAUUUCAAAUUAAAAAAUAAUAAUAUUGAAUGAGAGUAAUAGAUGUAACAAUUAUUUAAAAGAUAAUGAGGGUUUUGAAGAAAAUGAAGAAUAAAAAAAUUAAGUAAUAUAUUAGAAAGUAUCUUUAUAGGAACAGAUAAAGAAUGCUUAUAUAAUUGAUUAGAAUACUGGAAUGUAUUUAUAAAAUUAAAAAUAAUAAUACCAAGAAAAGUCAGAACAAAUUGACAUUAAGGGAGCCUCAAUUUUAAGCACUUCCUUAUAAAAAUGCAUUAACCUCACUAAUUUGACAAUUGAUCUUACCGAUAAUAAAAUUGGUGACGAAGGUACUAGAGCUUUAGGCCUUGCUUUAGUAGCUUGUGUAAAGUUAUAGAAUUUAACACUAUAUCUUCGUGAUAAUUUUAUCUGUGAUACAGGUGCAUCAGCUUUAGGUUCUGGAUUAACAAACUUAAAACAUAUCACAACUCUAAAGCUUUAUCUUCUUAAUAAUUAAAUUGGAGAAAAGGGCAUAGAAGCUUUAGGUUUUGGUUUAGCAUCUUGCUAAUAUCUUUCAAUAUUAACGCUUUAUCUUCGUAAUAAUUAAAUCGGAGAUAAAGGUGCAAUAGCUUUAAGCUCAUCCUUGAAAACUUGUACUCAUCUAUCGAAUUUUGAACUCUACUUGAAAAGUAACGAAAUUGGGGAUGAAGGUGCCUUAGCAUUGUGCUCUGCUUUAUCAGCUUUUGGAAAUAAUCUAUUGAUUUUGAAUUUCUUUCUUAAGUAAGACUAUUUUAUUAUCUUUAGUAAUUUAUUAAGAGAUAUAAAAAAACAAGUUAAAUACUUAUUUGCUUGA